GUCGCGACCAAUACAAAGGAGCUGUCUUGUUUGCGCCUUACGCCGCUUCAUACAAAACCCCAAAAAUGGCAGAUAAAGCGGAGAAGUGAUGAGCAACUCCUGCUCCUUCAUCGAAGGAUUCGAACUCUGGCACUAGCGAUCCCGUCUUCCCAGUCUUUGAACCUGUGUCACUGCCUCCUAGCCUUCUUCGCCGGGCAUCUCAGCCAUCAUCGACAGCGAUCUUGGCUUCUGUCGAAGGGUCGAGGGCUCUUCUUUGCUCAACAGUUUUUGCAGGAGAAACCACGGCAGGGAUUUAAUGAAUGGUGCUUUCUCAUCAAGUAGCAUACGUGCCGCCUUCUCCUACUGUGUACAGCAAGUACGAAAUUAUGAUUACCAUCACUACCUUUGCCUCAUCGAAUUGCCCCCUAACAUGCGGAAGGCUGCAUUUGCACUUCGUGCUUUCAAUGUUGAAACAGCCAGAGCUAUGGAUGUUGCUUCUGAUCCUAGGAUUGGUCUUAUGCGCCUGCUCUGGUGGCAAGAAGCUAUAGACAAAAUUUUUGCUAACAAGUUAAUUGAGCAUCCAGCAGCGCAGGCCCUGGCAUCAGUUAUAUCUGAACAUAAAAUUAGCAAGGGCUGGCUGAAACGAUCCGUUGAAGCUCGAAUUAAUGAUGCAAAAAGAGAGGUCGGUGACAUCCCAGAAAAGAUUGAAGAGUUGGAGCAAUAUGCAGAAGACACUGUAUCUACAAUCCUGUACAUGACACUUCAAGCAGGUGGUAUCAGGUCUACUGCAGCUGAUCAUGCUGCAUCGCAUAUUGGAAAGGCAAGUGGCCUUCUCGUGCUUCUUAGAUCACUGCCAUACCAUGCCUCACGCAAUCGUCAUUUUGCCUACAUACCAUCUACGGUGGCAGCCAAUCAUGGUUUGCUGGUUAAGCAGGGAGGUCAAUCAGAGAUCCAAAUUGAGUCUCACUCUCGCCAGAACCUAUGUGAUUCUGUUUAUGAGAUGGCAUCAGUAGCUUGUGUCCAUCUGCAGAAAGCUCGGGACUUGGCUGGUACGGUGCCUGCUGAGGCUCUUCCAGUGCUGCUGCCAGCAGUGCCUGCUGAGGUUCUCUUAGAUUCUUUGAAGAAGGUACAGUUUGAUGUGUUUGAUCCAAGGUUGGCACAAGGAGUUCUAGGUAUUCCUCCUCUGUGGUUUCAAUUGAAACUGAAGUGGUACUCAUGGCGAAGGAAAUACUGAAAAAAUUUAUUUUUAUUCAUUUAUUUAUUCUUGACUGACAUGUAUUGCCAAAAUAUUGUGUAGUUUGUGAAUUGCAAAUCAUACUAGAGAAUGAAAAACGCAGUUCUUUGAUUUGAUGAUAAAAA